AUGGAUCCAGUCUUAUACAACGAAGCCAAAGAGGGAAAUGCUGAUUUCCUCAUACAAAGAGUUGAUCAACUUGAAGUCCAGGUGACCCCCAACAAAAACACAGUCCUCCACAUCGCAGCUCAAUUCGGCCAAACACAAUGUGUGAAAGAGAUCUUACAGAACUGCGGUCACUCACUGCUUUGUUCUGUGAAUGUCAGAGGUGAGACUUGUCUUCACAUUUCAGCAAGGGAAGGACACACCGCCACAGUACAAGCACUCAUUGAGUAUGCGAAAUCAUUGGAAGAGGACCCCGAAAGCUGGAGUGGAGCUACAAUGGAGAUGCUCAGGAUGAGGAAUGCGGAGGAUGAGACGGCCUUGUACGAGGCUGUUCGAAAUAAUCAUCUUGAUGUGGUUACAAUUUUGAAGGCAGAAGACCCUAAGUUUUUACAUCCACCCAACAAAGUUAAGGAGACUCCACUUUACCUGGCUGCCCAAGGACGUCAUCUUUCUAUUCUGUCCAAAAUUUUGGAAAAUAUCAUUUUAAAAGCAUACAUUCGUCCAAAUACUAAGUCAUCACUAAUCAAGCAAGGAGACGUAUAUGGAUGGAGACCACUUCACUAUGCUGCAUGGUUUGGUGAUGUUUCAGCAGUUAAACAGUUAAUUAAUUGCUUUGGUGAAGAUGUCCGUAUCUUGGUCUUCAGUCUUGCAAUACUUGAUUUGAAUCUCAUCCUCUUCCUCUUCUUCUUGAAUUUCUUCCUUGCCACUUCUUUAAUUGCAUUUUCAAACCUCUUCGGCUCAAUAACACAAAAAUUGCAACUUGCAUACACAUCUCGAAGACUUUUCAUUCUUCUUGGAGUUGAACUUGGAGAUGAGGAAUUUGAGUUUGAUGGAGAAGUUGGGAUUGAUUGUGCCUAUGAUGGUAACGAUGGGCCAAAUCAAGGUAUGGCAGUUUUAAUAAGACGAGCAGCUUUCAAAGUAUUUGUUGUGGCGGAUGCUAUUGCUAUGAUCUUUUCCAUUAAAGCUCUAUUUACGCACAUAUCUGCAUCCACUUAUGAAGAUGAAGAUAAGCGGGCUAAUGGCUUUCGCAACGCUCUUGCAACCAUUAUAUGCGCUAUUGGAGCAAUGGUGGUUGCAUUUAUGACUGGCUUUUAUGUUGUGAUGGCACAUUCAUUGGUCCUUGCUAUCAGUGUAAUCGUCAUCUGUUCCCUCUUUCUUCUGAAUGCUUUAAGUUGGUUCAUGGACGCAUACCUUGCAGUAGCUGUUGACUUUUAA